AUGGGAGUCAUGUGUUCACAAAAGUACAACAAGGCAGCCCAACUCAUACAGAAAGAUUACAAAGUCCUUAUCUCAAACAGGCUGAUGAUAAACAUGACAAAGGAAGCUGCAGCUAUCAAGAUACAAAAAGUUUGGAGAGGUUAUCAAGAUAGGAAGCUACUGAAACAGAAAAAAAAAGCUCUGGUGCAACCAGAAAACAUAAAUGAAAUAAAUGAUGUGCUGAACGAGGAAGAGGAAAAAAAAUUGUCAGAGGCAGCAAUAAAAAUUACAGCAGCUUUUGUUGGUACAGCUGAGAGAAGAUCAAGAAUUGAAAGCAUCAGUAAAGAAAAUUUGACACUUUUUUCAAGAAUUUUAAAAAUCCUGUAG